UGUGGGCACAGGUGGGUGCAUUGCAGGGCACAGGUGGGCGCACUGUUGGGCACAGGUGGGUGCAUUGCUGGGCACAGGUGGGCGCACUGUUGGGCACAGGUGGGUGCAUUGCUGGGCACAGGUGGGCGCACUGCUGGGCACAGGUGGGCGCAUUGCUGGGCACAAGUGGGCGGAACUUGUGUGUGGCACAGAUGGGCACCGAUCAUCAGGGCACUGAUGAUCAGUGACCCUGAUGAUCGGUGCCGAUCCCUGUUCUGACAACUGCCGGUUUUCGGCAGUACUUUCCUCACGAUCAGCGUGAGGAAAGUGCAGCCGAGAACCGGCAUUUGCAU